CCCCCCCGGCAGGAACACAUAAAGUGUCUCACAUCUGGAUCGCAGCAGUUUGUGGGACACGGGAGCUUGAGGGACAGGGGAAGAUGAGGCUGAAGGCUGUCUUCGUUACGGUGCUGCUGGCUGCAGCGAUCUCCUAUUACGUCUACACGCCGCUGCCUGACGCCAUCCAGGAGCCCUGGAAGCUGAUGUUAGUGGAUGCUGGGUUUAGGACAUGCAUAAACCUGAUUGCUUUGAAAAACCAGCUCGGUCUCGACCGUUACGUCACGUGGUUCAGGCACUCACUGGAGGGCUCCUUCUCCUUGCUGACGGCGCUUUGGGGCUCCGCGCCUCCUGCCGGGGUCGUCCCAGGAGUGAAGGUCAGCGACGUCGCCUUCGCCGGCAUCCCAGUGAGAGUUUACGAGCCGCCGGCUGGAGGGGAGGGUCACCUGAGGAGAGGCUUGAUGUAUUUCCACGGAGGAGGCUGGGCCCUCGGAAGUGCCAAGAUGGGGGCCUACGAUAAAAUGAGCCGCGUGAUUUCAGAUGAGCUUAACACCGUUGUGGUCUCCGUUGAGUAUCGUCUGUUUCCAGAGGUACACUUUCCAGAGCCGUUUCUAGACUGUGCUGCCGCCGCCAAGCACUUCUUAUCUCCAGAGGUUCUGGCCAAGUACGCCGUCGACCCUGAGCGCGUUGCUGUGUCAGGAGACAGCGCUGGAGGAAAUCUGGCCGCCGCCGUGGCUCAGGAGAUUUCCACAGAUGAGAGCACGUCCGUGAAAUUCAGCGUCCAGGCUUUGAUUUACCCGGUGCUCCAGGCUCUGGACUUCAACACGCCCUCCUACGUGCAGAACCGUAACAUGCCCGUCCUCCCCCGGCCCCUCAUGGUCCAGUUCUGGCUGCAGUACCUCGGCGCCGACACCUCCCUGCAGGCCCAGCUGGUGGCGAACAACCACAGCGCCCUGCAACACUCGGCUCUCACCCCAGAGCUGAGGUCUCGUCUAGACUGGACCUCGCUCCUCACCGAGAAGUUCAAGAAGGGCCACGCGCCCGUGGUUGUGGACGGAGGCGCGCGCGGGCUUCUGAAGACGGUACCGGGGUUUCUGGACGCGCGGUCGUCGCCGCUGCUGGCCGGACCGGAGGUGCUGGCCAAAUGUCCGCGCGCGUACAUCCUAACGUGCGAGUUCGACGUGCUGAGGGACGACGGGCUGAUGUACGCCCGGCGUUUGCGGGACGCCGGCGUGUCUGUCGCCAGCGACUACUACCCGGACGGCUUCCACGGAUGUUUGAGCUUCACGUCCUGGCCGCUGGACUUCGACGUAGGGAGGAGGGCGAUGAGGGGCUACAUUAACUGGCUGCAGAAAAACCUGUAAGCGCCGGUUCAAGUUUGUCUUGGACUUUAAGCAGAUGCGCUUGCCCUUGCUCGGUAAGAGUUGUCGUACUAGAGGGCUUGCACAUUUUCGCUUUGUUUAAAAAAAUCUACAAUCUCAGCUCAGGGCCUCGAGGCGAAUGGACAUCCAAUAUCUGUAAAAGUGAAAUUCUGAUGAUAUUUUGAUAUAUAGUCUGCAGGCUGCAGGCACCAUCAUCAGUCUUAUUUCUGUAACCAACCAGGCAAGGAAUAAAGCACUUUUACAGCCAUAA